CAACGCUUCAGUCUCGGGUCAAAAUGGCGAGCCGGCCUGCCGGUUAACCAUCAGAAAGCGGUUGCUUACCCAUCAGCAUUUUCAUAUAGUACAAUAAGUGAAUUGUAGCAACUAACAGUGUGACAAUAUCAGUUGCAGCAUCAAGCCGGUGGCUGGACGGUAUUCGAAAAUGGUAUUACAAUGCGGCAGGAUUCAAUAAACUGGGGUUAAUGCGAGACGAUACAAUACACGUGGAUGAAGAUGUAGAAGAAGCCAUCAGAAGGCUUCCCGAGAACCUGUACAACGACAGGGUGUUUCGCAUUAAGAGAGCACUGGACCUGUCCAUGAGGCAGCAGAUCCUGCCCAAAGAGCAGUGGAUGAAAUAUGAGGAGGAUAAAUUCUACCUUGAACCGUAUCUGAAAGAGGUUAUUCGGGAAAGAAAAGAAAGAGAAGAAUGGGCAAAGAAAUAAUCAUGGAAUCAAUCUGUGGAUGCAUCUGUCCUCAGUAUUUUAAUUAUGUUGGUUAAACUUGAAAUGCACAGUUUAAAACCAUCUGGGUUUCAAAUAUAUAAAUAAAUGUCUAUUAUAACUUU